AUGGUUGGAAAUUGGCAAGGAUACAAUAAUGAGAAUCGAAGGCAGUGCUUUCCUAGAAAUAGAAUUCUUUCAAUUUUUAUGUUUACUAAUUUUACUUAUGAUAGAAAAAGUUCAACAUCAGUGGAUCGAUGCACUAAUGCCAAGACAUCAAUUCCCCUUUGGAGACGCACUUUGUAUCCAUUUUGGCUACUUAUGAUCGGAUUUUCCAUGUUUGUCGUAUCAGCCAUUUACACUUAUCAGUUCUAUAAAUUGCCUCAAUUGUAUCAAAAAUAUUUUGGAUUUUCUGAAGAUUUAUUGCGAUCUUUUGGUUUAGAACAAUUUUCAAACGGUGAGCUGUUUCUGCGACUAUUGUCACCAAUUAUUUUUCUUGUUUUUGCUUUAAUACAAGUCAAUUUCUUUCAUCCAUUCCUAAUCGAACAAACAGAAAAGUGGGAGAAGGCAUAUUACCAUUCCAAAUCAGGAUUGCUAUCUGUAUUUGAAAAAUUGAAUUUAAGUCUUCCUGCAGCAAGUGCUAUGCGAAACGAUUACUUUAACGAAACGGCAUCAAACAAUAAAUGGAACGGUGGUAGUAUUCAAGAGCAAGAGCAUAGCCUUAUUAAAAGUAAUUUCGGUAGCCAAGCAUUUUUGAAGCAGAUUGGUUCCAGUUUCCUUUGCUUUAAAAGUUCAAUGCGUGAAUUUUUUUGGAGGGUCCUCGAAAUCCAUGUUGACAAAGUUGUCGCCUUUGCCAUACUUUUAAUAUCGCUUCACGAGAACACAUCUGCCGUCGAGAAGAAUACGCAUGAUGUUAAAGAAUCGAUAUCAAGCUUGGAAUGGAUUGGAUUAAGCAAAAUAGAUUCAUUAGCGCGUCACUGUUUAAUUUAUAUAUUGUUGGCGUUAUUGAUGGCGUUCCGUUCAAUCGUCCACAUUCGACGCUCAUUACAUCGAUAUAUUUAUGGAGAGAUAGAUUGCACAAUUGGUGUUUUAUUUAGCAACAUUUCUCGUAAGGACGCUGAUACGAAUGUCCUGAAUUGUUUAAAAUAUUUCGCCAACUUUGCUUUUUUUCAUUUCGGUUGUGAGAUCUGUCUAGUCACAGCAGUUAUAACAAUUGGCGUUCGUUGUGAUGCGAUAUCGGUAUAUUAUGCGUUAUUAGUUCUCCUCAUAUCCGUGUUACUCAUUAAAAAUCGCUCAUUACUUUGUCAUCUGUGGCCAUACAUGACACUUUCGAUAGCUAUUCUUUUCGUAUGGCAAUAUUUAAUAUGCGUUGGAAUGCCAAAAAUGUUCUGCGUCGCUUAUCCUUGGAGUAACUGGGACAUAAAUAUGAUCGAAUGGCUAUUUUUGCCAGAUUUCUUUAUUCAGCCCAAUCCUGUUAAACUUUAUGCCGAUUUUUUCUUACUUUUGUUCAUCAGUUGCCAAUUUUGUGUGUUUGAAACAGAGAAGCAUGAGAGGGAACAAAUUCGAAAACGCUUUUCACAUGAACUAUAUUUAGGCCAUAAGAAGGAAAUACAUGUGCCUGAUUUCAUAGCAAAUGAAAAAUUCAGUAAAUGUUCAUUCCGCGAAAUUCUUUCUAUUGCUGAGAUGAAAAAUGAGAAUUUUUCUUUAAGAGAUUCAGCAUUAAAUCUAUUGAAACGGAUUUUGUUCAUGCAUUUCUACUGGAUAACGCUUGGUGUUAUUUUCAUUGCUGGUACGACAAGAGUGACUUUUUUCGCAUUAGGUUAUGUCAUCGGUUGUUUCUUCUUUCUUUGGGUUGGGAAUUCAAUUUUUCUUCGACCAAUUCGUUUCGCUCUCGCUCAAUUGAACAAAUUAAUUCUCUAUAAUGCUUCCGUCAUACUUUUCAAGAUAUCACUUCAAGUAGUUGGCUGUGUUUAUAUGAGUCAGAUGUAUAAAAAUUAUUGCUGGGUAUUGCAGUUGCUCGGAAUAGCAUGCUUGAAGACCGGAAUCAUGCCAGAAAAAAGCUUAGGCUUAUUCUGUUUUACACUGACUGCUCCACUCAUCAAAAAAUUUGCAGUACUGGUUCCGUCGAUUCUCGCUGAAUGCAACGUUCCCCAUCGUGAAGCUGGUAUUUAUUAUGAUGGAAUCUGUUUCACAUUUUUGCUUAUACAGCGACGAAUAUUCAGUAGUAAAUAUUUCGAACAUGUCGUCGCUGAAAUAAAAGCUCAAAAAUUUUUUUCUUCGAGAGGAGCGGAAAUAAUCGAAAACAUCACCAAGAAAGAAACUGAAGAAGCUUUGCGCAGCGAACGAGAAGCUUUGAUUAUCGUCAGAGAAAAGAUGGAAAACAUUCGGACUAAGCAUAUCACAGGCUCCGAUAUUAAUUUGCCAGUUAUCUAUUCGAAUGAUCAUGAAGAGACCUGGGAUUCAAAGGAAACGUUUGGUCCAAGUGAUUCCUCUUUGCAAAAUAUUUCAAUUGCGCCAAAUACAAAAAUUUCAACGGAAGUUUCUUCCAAAACGUAUGGGACAAUAAACGAUAAUGCAGAAAGCCGAAGAGCAGACUUCAUCCUGAAAAACCGUAAACGUUGUUUAAGCUUAUCAGGAAUCGAAGAGGAUGCUCGUGAAGUUGCUGAAAAUUGGGCCAACUCUGUUGAAAAUUCUGUGGAUUCAAAAAUAAGGGAAAAUGAGGGUGGCAUAAAAGGCUUUGGUCCACUACAAUUAUUAAAUUAUGCUUUCAAGAAAGGAGCCAUAAAAGAGGCGUUAAAAGAGUCAGAGGUCAUUAAAGCGACUCAUGCAAAAAUGGAACAAGAAAUGGAAGACGCUUUUGGAAUCGCUGAUCAUAACGCGAUUCGGAAAGCGAUUUUGCGUAAUAAGGAACGUCGUCCAAAAGCUGAUUUUGAUGAGCAAACUUUCGAUGAAAGUGCAAUCACUCAUAAACAAACGUUAGAUGCACGCUUAAUGUCAGCUCAUUCAAAGAUACCACGAGCUCGAUUAAGCGCCAAACGAUCUUUAUUACUACCAUCCUCCGUUUUAUUCGAAAUCGCAAAUUCAGACUUUCCAGUGCAAUCUGAUAGUCAACGAAAGUUUUCUAUGGAUUAUAAAUUACGUUAUGGGGCACCAGAAUCUUCUUCAAAUACAUUCAAAGGAGCUAUCGAUGCACUUGCUGUUAUCAAAUUGAGGAGUACUGAUGAGGUUUGCAUUGAAGCUUUCAUCGAAAUUAUCACUGGAGUUCUCGACCAUCUUUUUGAAUUCUUCCAUAGUUUAAAAACCUUCGCACUACUGUUUGGCGAUGGUGUUUUGGAGUCCAUUAUAGAAAAUCUAAUGCGCCUUAGUCGUGAUUAUCGUUAUGUUGCUUAUAUUUUAACCACCGAAAAAGGAAUUCAUAAAGAGAUGAGUGUGCGAAUAAAGGGCGAACGUGAGCUUCGUCAGUCAAUUAGAAAACGUCGCUCAUCACUUCUUCGCUACAGUUUUUCGGCUGCAUCAAAGAUGAAGCCUGAUAAAUCGAUGAUACAGCUACAUGAAUAUAUGAAAGGAAUGGAAAAUGAGCAAGAUCGUGAUGAAAUGGAUUUAACACGAUGUUCAAUUUCACCAGCUAAGGCAAAUGUCGAGAAACAUAAAGCGAGUAGAUUAAUUCGAUUAAUUCAUGCACUUUAUUAUGCUCUAAUUAGUAAAUCUGAAAUGAUCUGUUAUUUUGUUAUUGUCCUAAAUCAUAUGAACUCAGCGAGUCUUCUAUCACUACCACUGCCUUUGAUGACAUUUCUAUGGGGGACUUUGACGGUACCAAGGCCAUCUCGCCAUUUCUGGAUUACCCUCAUCACUUAUGUUCAGGCAACGGUUAUAAUCAAAUAUAUAGCGCAGUUUGGCUUUUUUCCAUGGAAUAAAACCGCUUCGUCAGUGAAUCCAUUUUAUCCUCCAAGAAUUUUGGGAAUUGAGAAAAGAGAUAAAUAUGCUACAUGGGAUCUUAUUUUGCUUAUGUCAAUCGGAUUAUGGGACCAUGAAGAAGAAAUAAAAAAACGAUCUGUUAGUGAGAAACGACCGAAAAAAGCGGAAUCGCAAAUAAUUCAGUCGAAAUUUUCGGCAUCGCUCAAAGAAUCGAGUCUUCCGGAUAUUUGCGAAGAAGAUCAAGAGAGAAUGUCGAGACGAUUUACGUUCUCAUGGUCAAUAUUUGCAAGAAGAAGUGUAGUUAAACGAUAUGCUUCCAAUUUGUGUCCAACGGAACUAAUAAUACGCCACAUAAAAUUGCGCAUCAUUUCAAUCCGAAAUUUUUUACAUAUUCUUUUGAAUCCUGUCGACCGAUGCCCAUUGGAUUUGUAUGCCCCAAUGUUCCUCUGCGAUGCAGUCUGUUUUCUCAUCAUUAUUUUUGGAUAUUCUGCAUUUGGAGUAAAUGUUAUUCAUACGGAUAGCGGUGGAGUUGAUGGUGGUGUGACGGCCUAUUUUGAAGAGAAUAAAGUACCUGCAACGCUUGUAUCGAUGCUCAUAAUUCAAUUUGUACUAAUUAUUUUAGACCGAGCAAUAUUUUUGCGCAAAUUUUUGUUGGGAAAAGUUGUUCUUCAGAUCCAAGCAGGCUAUCAUAAUCGAAGUUUGGGAAAUAUUAUUACGAAUUCCUAUUCAUUAAUUAAUUGGUUACUAUAUAAAGCAUUCCUCCUUAUUCCUUUUCUUUUCGAGUUGCGAGCGCUUAUGGAUUGGAUGUGGAUUGAUACUUCUCUUGGCGUUGGCGACUGGUUCACAUUGAAUGAUAUUUAUGCGCAUGUCUAUAUGAUCAAAUGUGAAAGAAAAAUUGAAGAGGAUUAUCCCUCUCCUAAAGGUGUUAAAAAACGGCCGAUAUUAAAGUACGGUCUUGGAGGCUUCCUUCUAGUUGGAAUAGUCCUCAUCAUUUGGUUUCCUUUGGUCAUUUUUUCAAUGGCUAAUACUGUUGGCACAAGAAAUUUACCAAUAGAAUGUACCUGCAAAUUAACAAUCGGCGGAUAUGAACCACUUUUUCAUUCGACUGCACAACAUGGAGACAUUCACGAGUUAUCAGCAAUAGAAUAUGAGGAUCUGCAGUAUAUUUAUAGAAUGAAUAAAGUGGCACUGUCAUAUAUGGCCGAUUAUGACCACUUAGAUGUAGUGAAAGCAUCGAUUAAUGGCAAUUCAUAUUCACUAUGGAACAUAUCACCACCAUCAAAAGGAGCUUUAAUCGAGGAUCUUAAUGGUUCUUUGCCAAUGACUCUUAAGUUCGAAUGGUACUUCAAAAGAGCUCCCAAUGAAAACUUACAGUUUGGCGUGGUAGAAAGCUCUCGAACUAUAAAUAUCAAUGCUGGUGAUCAAGUGCGAAAAGAUUUAGCUGAAGUGAUAGCUACAGGAUCUAAUAAAUCCAUAUAUAUUCCGAACCUGCUGGUGCCGCUAGUGAAAGUCCCAGGAGAAGGUAAAGCAGAUUAUGUACAUGCUCUACUUAAUGAACAUUUGCAGAGCAAAGACAAGCCAAUCGAUUCUGUCUUUUAUGAUGCACUAUUACAAUUAGACUCCGCUGAUGUCGGACAGUGGUGGCAACUCAGGAUGAUCGACCCUUGCUUUGAUCCUCUAUUAAAGCGGGACCCUAUUGUCCUGGAUCACAUCUUAAUUUAUGGAUUUGUUGAUAAAGUUUUCCCAGUGACGUUUAGUAUAAUCACUGGUGGUGGUAUUCUUAGUUUGUAUCUUUCCAUGGUGCUGGUUUUUGGACGUUUGUUGCGAUCUUUGGUUACAGGUGCUAUGCAGAGGAUAAUGUUUGAAGAGCUGCCAAAUGUUGAUCGAAUUUUGCGACUUUGCCUGGACAUAAACUUGGUUCGAGAAGCCGGGGAACUUCAACUUGAGGAGGAUUUAUUUGCAAAAUUAAUUUUCCUAUUCCGCUCACCAGCAACUCUCAUCAAGUGGACCAAAGAAGGAGAUUCAUAA